AUGGCGGCCGCCUCGGCGGCACGGGAAGUUUUCCCUUUUUCCAGCCCGUUCUCGGCUUUCCUUCUUUUGGCUGAGCUGCUUUUGCUGGCUCAAGCCCCCGCCUUUAACAUCGCCUCUCCCUUCUGUCACCAUCACAUCCCCAGUGCCAGGGAGGUUAUUUACAAAGUUUAUCUUAAAGAAAAUCGAGUUAUGAAAAGAAACAUUAAUGAACAACUAAGAAUUAAGACUGUAUAUGACAGAAGUGUUGAAGAAUUGCUCCCUGAAAAAAAACAGCUUAUAAAGAACAAGCUUUUCCCACAAGCUAUUUCUUAUUUAGAGAAGGCAUUUCAAGUUCGGAAACCUAUGGGUACUGUCCUGUUAAGUAGACAGUGUGUAACAAACCAGUAUUUAAGGAAGAAGGAUGAUCCUCAUAGAUACUGUCGAGAAGCCUGUGCAGAACAUACCAAGUGUGGGCCAGUUAUAGUCCCUGAAGAACAUCUGCAGCAAUGUAGGGUAUGUAAUACAAAUGGACGGAAUUGUCAAACUGUUGGCAAAGCAGACCAGGACGGCUUUCGAGAUGCUGAUUUUAUACUGUAUGUUAGUGCUCUGACUACUGAAAGAUGUGGCCAAGAAAACAUCAUCGCAUAUGCGGCAUAUUGUCAGCUAGAAGCAGAUAUGGACAGACCAAUUGCAGGAUAUGCUAAUCUGUGUCCAAACAUGAUUUCAACUCAACCACAGGAGUUUAUUGGCAUGUUGUCUACAGUGAAACAUGAAAUCAUUCAUGCUUUGGGUUUCUCCGCUGGACUUUUUGCAUUUUAUCGUGAUGAUGAUGGAAAUCCUUUGACUCCUAGAUAUGCAAAUGGAUUGCCACUAUUUAAUGAAAGCCUUGGUGUGUAUCAGUGGAGUGAUAAAGUUAUACGUAAAGCAGUAAGAUUAUGGGAUGUGCGGGAUAAUAACAUUUUGCCUCAUAAUGUAUUCCUUUUGGUAACUCCUAAGGUAGUUAGGGAAGCAAGAAAACACUUUGACUGUCCAAAUUUAGAAGGAAUGGAACUGGAAAAUCAAGGUGGCAUAGGUACAGAGCUUAAUCACUGGGAGAAACGGUUAUUAGAGAAUGAAGCAAUGACUGGAUCACAAACACAGAACAGGGUCUUCUCCCGGAUUACUCUGGCAUUAAUGGAAGACACUGGCUGGUAUCAAGCCAAUUAUAGUAUGGCAGAAAAACUAGAAUGGGGCCGAGGAAAAGGCUGCGACUUUGUGAUGAAAAGCUGCAAGUUUUGGAUCAAUCAGCAACGGAGAAAAAAAGAACCAGUAGCCCCAUAUUGUGACACUCUGAGAAGUAAUCCAUUACAAUUAACAUGCAGGCAGGACCAAAGAGCAGUAGCAGUGUGCAAUUUACAGAAGUUCUCUCAGCAGUUGCCUCAGGAAUAUCAGUAUUUUGAUAGUCUGUAUGGCGUGUUGCCAAAAGAUUUGCCUUAUUAUGGUGGAUCGGUUGAAAUUGCUGACUACUGCCCUUUUAGUCAAGAAUUUAGUUGGCACCUAAGCGGUGAAUUUCAGCGCAGUUCAGAUUGUCGGAUACUGGAAAACCAACCAGAUCCUUUCAGAAACUAUGGUGCAGAGAAAUAUGGGCCAAAUUCCAUUUGCCUCAUUCAAAAGUCAGCUUUCAUUAUGGAACAGUGCAGAAAGAAACUGAGUUAUCCUGAUUGGGGUAGUGGGUGUUAUCAGGUUUCUUGCUCUCCCCAUGGACUGACUGUUUGGGUCAAGGACAUGGCAUAUUUGUGUAGUCACUCAGGUCAAAUUCUCACAGUGAAUAUUCAGAUGAAUGGAUGGCUACAUAUGGGGAAUCUAAUUUGCCCAGCGUGCUUGGAUUUCUGCAAUUUCUGUCCACCUGAACAAGAUCCCCCUCCAGUUGCUAAUUUAACAAGAGUUGUACCUAUUGAUCUGUGUUCCUGUUCUCCCAGCCUGGUAAUAACUCUAUGGCUACUGAUGGUGAAUUUGUUUCCAUUACUAGCUGGAUUUCUUCUGUGUGCAUGGAGUUAAAAUGUGCAUAUUUUGU